UCGACCCGGAAGUUUAAGUUCCGAGUUCUGGAGAGAUUUUAGUGAGUGGAAAUUUGCAUAAAAUAUACCUUUUUAAAGUAGACAUAAAACCUACAUAGAUACACACGAAUGUAUUUUGCUUAGUAUAACACAUGUCUUCUUGCCUCGAUGGGAGUCAUCUUUCAGAAACAGCGGCUUUCUGAGGCCACAGAACAAAUUCCCGGACUUGGGGAGGCGUAAGACUUGUGCUCCAGGUCAGAAGGCGGAGUUCAGAAGGCCGAAUUGGCGGGAGAUUGGGUUUGUCGUCCACGAUCUGAGGCAGCGGUGGCUCUUCGAGGAGUAACACGAGGAUUCUUUCUCUUCUGGAAGCUGACGGGACCAAAACAUAGGCAGUGCCAAAAGUGGUGACAAAAGAAAUCCUGGGAGAAAGUAUUUUUGCCUUGUACUUGGGACUGCUGCUGGGCCCACCAUGGCUCCUGUAAACAUUAGCCACGUGGUAUCAUUUUCCUCUCAGGAUCCCAAGUAUCCUGUGGAGAACUUGCUGAACCCAGACAGUCAGAGGGGACCUUGGCUCAGCUGUCCUCAGGACAAGAGUGGGCAACUGAAAGUAGAACUCCAACUGGAGAGGGCAGUGCCCAUUGGCUACAUUGAUGUGGGUAACUGUGGCUGUGCUUUCCUGCAAAUUGAUGUGGGCCGUUCUUCCUGGUCCCUGGACAGACCUUUUGUCACCCUGCUUCCUGCAACCAUGCUAAUGUCCCUAGCUGAUUCAAAGCAGGGGAAAAAUCGCUCAGGCGUCCGCAUGUUUAAAGAUGAUGAUUUCCUGGCGCCAGCCUCAGGUGAGUCAUGGGAUCGACUUCGCCUGACCUGCUCCCAACCCUUCACACGUCAGCAGUCUUUUGGCCUGGCCUUCCUCCGGGUGUGUUCCUCCCUGGACUCCUUAGAUGACCCUGUGAGGGGUUCCUUGGCCCCCGAGAACUCUAGACUGAGCCAGGGCUCUGAUGCUCAGGAGUCUGGUCCUAGCCCGUGGCUGGCUAAUCCUUCCAUUCGGAGGACGUUCUUCCCAGAUCCCCAGACGAGCACCAAGGAAAUUUCAGAGCUUAAGAAUAUCCUAAAGCAGCUGCAGCCAGGGGCUUUGGGCCGUUCAGCCCGCAUGGUGCUUUCAGCUGCCCGGAGGGUGCCCCCCGCGAGCAUGGCAGGCGCGAAAACCAGCCCCAAGGAAGCAGGUCCUAGUCAGCCAGCCAGCACAGAGCUCAGAUCAGUGGAGCAGAACUCAGAGAAUGAUGUGAGCAGGACAAAGAGACGGAAAGUACAAGCCCGCAGGCCUUUAUCCAGCUCGAACUUGCGGUCCAAUCAGAGGGGGAUGGCAAAGGCAGGGCAGAGACAACACCACCGACCCCAGGCCCAAAGUAAUGGGGUCCAGGAGAGUGCACCGUGCCCCAUUUGUGCAGUCUCCUUCAGCAUUGAGGUUCUUGCCUGGCACGCUGCGACCUGUGGAGAGAUCUCCCCACCUCAGCCAGCCUCUCGCUCCCCACCACCAUCUUCAUCGCGGUCUGUACUGUGUGUGUCCUCCCCGGAGAGCUCACCACCCGCUUCCCGGGUCCAGUGCCCUCUAUGCCAGCUGUACUUCUCGGCAGGAGAAGUAGAAGAACAUGCCAGCGUGUGUGGGGAGGUCCCUCAGAUGUACGAUCAGAAGGGUGGGGGAGGCCCCAAAGCAAAGGAGGUUAGAGACGGGGGGAGGGGGGGUGUCCCACCCUCUCCAUCCUUCAUCCAGCCACAGCCCACCUGGACGGAGAUCGUGAACAAGAAGCUGAGGUUCCCACCUCUGCUCCUGGCCGCCAUCCAGGAGGGGCGCCUGGGCCUGGUGCAGCAGUUGCUGGAGUCGGGGGUUGAGGCGUCAGGCAGCGGGCCCAGCAGGCUCCUGAGGAAUGUGGAGGAGGCUGAGGACCGCUCCUGGAGGGAAGCCCUCAAUCUGGCCAUCCAGCUGGGCCACGAGGCCAUCACUGAUGUGCUGUUGGCCAAUGUCAAGUUUGACUUCCGGCAGAUCCACGAGGCCCUGCUGGUGGCAGUGGACACAAACCAGCCAGCUGCGGUGCAGCGCCUGCUGGCCCGGCUGGAACGGGAGAAGGGCCGCAAAGUGGACACUAGGUCUUUCUCACUGGCUUUCUUCGACUCGUCCAUCGAUGGCUCGCGCUUUGCCCCUGGUGUCACUCCACUCACCCUGGCCUGCCAGAAGGACUUGUAUGAGAUCGCCCAGCUGCUCAUGGACCAGGGCCACACCAUUGCCCGGCCCCACCCGGUCUCCUGUGCCUGCCUCGAGUGCAGCAAUGCCCGCCGCUACGACCUGCUGAAGUUCUCCCUGUCCCGCAUCAACACCUACCGCGGCAUGGCCAGCAGGGCCCACCUCUCGCUGGCCAGUGAGGAUGCCAUGCUGGCUGCCUUCCAGCUCAGCCGGGAGCUCAGGCGUCUUGCACGCAAGGAACCUGAGUUUAAGCCCGAGUACAUCGCCCUGGAGUCGCUGAGCCAGGACUACGGCUUUGAACUGCUGGGCAUGUGCCGGAACCAAAGCGAGGUCACUGCGGUGCUCAAUGACCAGGGCGAGGACAACGAGACUGAACCUGAGGCUGAGGGCCUGGGCCAGGCCUUUGAGGAGGGCAUCCCCAACUUGGCGAGGCUGCGACUGGCCGUCAACUACAACCAGAAGCGGUUUGUAGCGCACCCCAUCUGCCAGCAAGUCCUGUCCUCCAUCUGGUGUGGGAACCUGGCCGGCUGGCGUGGAAGCACCACCAUCUGGAAGCUCUUUGUCGCCUUCCUCAUCUUCCUCACCAUGCCCUUCCUCUGCCUUGGCUACUGGCUGGCACCCAAGUCCCGGCUGGGCCGCCUGCUGAAGAUCCCAGUGCUAAAGUUCCUGCUGCACUCCGCCUCCUAUCUGUGGUUCCUCCUCUUCCUGCUGGGCGAGUCCCUGGCCAUGGAGACACAGCUGAGUACCUUCCGCGGCCGCAGCCAGAGCAUCUGGGAGACUUCCCUACACAUGGUUUGGGUCACAGGCUUCCUGUGGUUUGAGUGCAAGGAGGUGUGGAUCGAGGGCCUGCGCAGUUACUUCCUGGACUGGUGGAACUUCCUGGACAUGGUCAUCCUGUCCCUGUACCUGGCGGCCUUCGCGCUGCGCCUCCUUCUGGCCGGGCUUGCCCACGUGCACUGCCAGGAUGCCCCCAGUGGGGCUGCCUGCCACUAUUUCACCACGGCUGAGCGAAGUGAGUGGCACACCGAGGACCCCCAGUUCUUGGCGGAAGUGCUGUUUGCUGUCACCAGCAUGCUCAGCUUCACCCGCCUGGCCUACAUUCUGCCGGCCCAUGAGUCACUGGGCACUCUGCAGAUCUCCAUUGGCAAGAUGAUUGACGACAUGAUCCGGUUCAUGUUCAUUCUCAUGAUCGUCCUGACUGCCUUCCUCUGUGGCCUCAACAACAUCUACGUACCCUACCAGGAGACCGAGCGGCUGGGCAGUUUCAACGAGACAUUCCGGUUUCUGUUCUGGACCAUGUUUGGCAUGGAGGAGCACAGCGUCGUAGACAUGCCUCAGUUUCUGGUGCCUGAAUUCGUGGGCCGGGCCCUCUACGGCAUCUUUACCAUCGUCAUGGUCAUUGUGCUGCUCAACAUGCUCAUUGCCAUGAUUACCAACUCCUUCCAGAAGAUUGAGGACGACGCGGAUGUGGAGUGGAAGUUCGCUCGCUCCAAGCUCUACCUGUCCUACUUCCGGGAGGGCCUGACGCUGCCUGUGCCCUUCAACGUCCUGCCCUCCCCGAAGGGCCUCUUCUACCUUCUCAGGAAAAUUUUCCGCUUCAUCUGCUGUUGCUGCUCCUGCUGCCGAACCGAGAAGCCAGACUAUCCGCCAAUCCCCAUCUAUGCCAAUCCCAGGGCAGGAGCAGGGCCUGGGGAGGGACAGCAUGUAUCCUACCGCCUCCGAGUCAUCAAGGCCCUGGUACAGCGCUACAUAGAGACAGCCCAGCGGGAGUUUGAGGAGACCCGUCGGAAAGACCUGGGCAACAGACUGACGGAGCUGACCAAGACUGUGUCUCGCCUGCAAAGUGAAGUGGCUGGUGUGCGGCGGAUUCUGGCAGAGGGAGGGACACCCCAACCACCCGAAGGUGCCAGCAUCCUCAGUCGCUACAUCACCCGAGUGCGUAACAGUUUCCAGACUGUGGGCCCCCCCAUCCCUGAAACCCCCGAGCUGACAGUGUCAGGGAUUGUGGGGACCCAGGUACCUUCAGAAACUGGGCUUCAGGAUGCUGGAGGGGCUAGGACUCCAGCUUCUGGGGAGCCUGGCCCUUCCUCCCCAGCUCACGCGUUAGUACACAGGGAGCAAGAAUCAGAGGCAGCUGGGGACCUGCCCCAGGAGGAAGAUUUGGGGAUCAAGAGGGGAUCCUGAUGCAGUGGGAGGGUCCCUCCUUCUGUUGCUAGGUAGAGCCACUUAGAUGGGUGAGGGUAGGUGUAAUUUACUGGAAGAUUCUGCUGCUUUACUCGCCUCAAUAAAGCUUCUGUUCUGAAUGUCA